UUCGUUGCAUGUUGCACUAUUGGCUUUCACAUUCACAUUCACUUUGAGUGUAACUAUUCCGUCACUUCCGGAGCAAGAACCAGUCUCCAUCACGGUAAAGGAAAGCGGCUUCAACGGCGGAUGCUACAUCGGAACGGACCUCCGCCGUAGAUAUUCCGAGCCGCAAAAUUUCAAUUGUUACUCGUUUCUUUUUUUGUACUGUUGCAAAUUGCAAAAAUCUGUCAAACUAUAAAUUACUGCCAAGUUACAUUCUACUCGCUUUUCCCUUCUUCUCUAACCUAUCCAAUCUAUACCUUUUGCUUCAUAAUGAGUGCAUUUAUACUCGGUUCUACUGGUCUUGUUGGGACUCAAAUCGUCAGAUCCCUCGAAAAAUCAACUGCAUUCUCCACCUUAUACCCCAUCUCCAGAAAAUCCCCCACUGACCAUUCCCUUUGCCCUAAGAUCAAUUUGCUAAUUGAACCAAACACCGGCAGCUGGCCAGGUCUCAUAAAAUCCCACCCAAACACAACUACGUUAAUAUCCUCAUUGGGUUCCACCAUCACAAAAGCGGGAUCAAAACAGGCUUUCCAUGAUAUCGACUACGGACUUAACUACUCUGUGGCCAAAUCUGCUAAGGAAAACGGCACUAAAACCAUGAUUCUCAUCUCAUCCGUUGGUGCUCAUCCCGAUUCGUGGUUCCAUUAUUUGAAAACCAAAGGAGAGUUGGAACGUGAUGUUAAAGAACUAGGGUUUGAUCAUACCGUGAUCAUUCGUCCUGGUGCUUUGUUGGGCAAAAGAGAAAGUCUGAUUGGUUGGAGAAGUGAAGUGGGGAUGUGGUUUGGUAGAGUGGCAAAGAAUACUCCUGUUAGAAGAUUGCUUAACCCUAUUGAAGACUUUGAUGUUGCUAGAGUGGUUGUUGAUUUUGCUGAGAGGGCCGAGAAAGGAGAUUUGGAAAAGGGAGUGACUAUAGUCGAGCCUCAUCAACUAGUUGAUCUUGCUAAUAAAUUAGUUAAUAACUAGUUAGGCAUAGAAAGUGCUUAUAAUUUUACUUUAAUUUGCAUAAACAUCACAAGAGCAGCACAUUUACAGAUGCUUAGAAUACUUUACUUAGAAUUUUAAACUAUAACAUAACUUGAUCUCAUAUCUUUUUUACAUGCUGUGCUACUAUAUUGUCUAUCUAAACCGGUUACUCUCCACCCACAAGAAAAGGUAUAUCCUGUAGAGAGAAGGGUCUGAAUAGAACUUCACACUGAUAUCCCAAGCUAUGGUCUUUUUCCUCUUUAUUUUUUUGUACUGCAAAUUGCAAAAAAAAAUCAUUCAACUAUAAAUUACU